CGCCCCCGCGCUCCACCGCCCGCCGUCCGCGCCAGCCGAGAAAGACAGGACGGACGCCCAUGUGAGAAUGGCUGUGACUUUGGAAGAAGCUCCGUGGCUGGGCUGGAUCUUGGUGAAAGCCCUAUUGAGGUUUGCCUUCAUGGUCGCCAACAACCUGGUUGCUCUUUUAUCCUACCUCUGCUAUGUAAUUGUACUUCAGCCCCUUCGACUGCUGGACAGUAAGCGGUUCUGGUAUAUUGAAGGAUUCAUGUAUAAAUGGCUUUUAGGAAUGGUGGCUUCUUGGGGAUGGUAUGCUGGAUAUACAGUGAUGGAAUGGGGGGAUGAUAUUAAAGCGGUUUCCAAAGAUGAAGCAGUAAUGUUGGUGAAUCAUCAGGCAACAGGAGAUGUAUGCACUCUGAUGAUGUGCCUCCAAGACAAAGGACUGGUUGUUGCUCAAAUGAUGUGGUUGAUGGACCAUAUUUUUAAGUAUACAAACUUUGGAAUUGUUUCUCUGAUUCAUGGAGACUUCUUUAUAAGACAGGGAAAAUCACAUCGUGACCAGCAGCUGCUUCUUCUCAAAAAGCACCUAGAAAAUAACUAUAGGAGCAGAGAUCGAAAGUGGAUUGUUUUGUUUCCAGAAGGGGGCUUCCUCAGGAAGAGGCGAGAAACAAGUCAAGCAUUUGCCAAGAAAAAUAACUUGCCAUUUCUUACACAUGUCACUCUGCCAAGGAUCGGGGCAACAAACAUUAUUUUGAGUGCACUUGUAGCACGACAGGAAAAUGGAAGUCCAUCAGAAGGAGAUGCUAAAGAAUUAGAGAGCAAGUCAAAAGGCCUCCAGUGGAUAAUAGAUACAACUAUAGCUUAUCCCAAAGCUGAACCCAUAGAUAUUCAAACCUGGAUCCUUGGAUACAGGAAACCAACAGUCACACAUGUACAUUACAGGAUCUUUCCAAUUAAAGAUGUACCCCUGGAGACUGAUGGCCUCUCUGACUGGCUCUAUCAACGUUUUAUUGAAAAAGAGGAACUCUUAUCACAUUUUUAUGAAACAGGGGCUUUUCCACCUCCCAAGGGCCAUAAGGAAGCUGUUUCCAGGGAGAUGACCCUCAGCAAUAUGUGGAUAUUUCUCAUACAGUCCUUUGCAUUUUUGUCAGGCUAUAUGUGGUAUAAGAUCAUUCAGUAUUUUUACCAUUGCCUGUUUUAGGAAUUGACUGGGACUUGUCAAGGUCACCAGAGGAGUUCAGACUUUCAUAAGUGUGCAUUAUUUUACAUGUGCAAAUCAGAAUAUAAAAAAAAAAAGCAAAGGAAAUUCAAUGGAUGGAUUAAUAUUUAUCCCCCUUCGGGAUAUUUUAAAACUCUACUAAAAUGAGGAUCAGUAAUAUAAUGACCUGCUAAUAUGUUUUAAGGACUUUUCAUGUUUUCAAAAGAUACACUCUACCACACACUUAAACGAACAUCCCACUCGGAGAAGAGGAAAUCAUAAAACCAUCCUAGAAGACUAUCUGAGAGAAAUGCUGUUGCCACUAGAUGUACUUGGUAAUCUAGUUCAAGCUCAGAAAGUUGUGUCCGUUCCUCUUAGCUCGUAGUGUCUGUUAGGGCAGUGCUGCAGAGCACCGUCAUUUCCACCGACCCUAGCCGUGUCCCCAGGAGCGUCGAGGCAGGGGAGCCAUUGGCACCCUCUGAAGAGUUGUUCCCCAGGGGUUUGCAGUGGCACUCCAGUGUCAGGCAUUCGCAUGGGGGGAAAGCAGGGCCCACUGGACACAUUCUGGUACUAGAAUGUGUUUCUAAAAAAGGCUAGCUCAGUCCAAUAUCGUGUUUACAGGCGCUAGUGCUUUCCCUUGUAUGAGGGGGUCACUUGAUUUCUCUUUUUGUACAGAAGGCAUAUCAUAGAUUGAUAAUUGUCUUUUACAAAAUGCACUUUUAUCAGAUGCAUAUAUAGCAGAGGAUUAGUAAUAUAGCCUGAAAACAAACGUAAGCCUAAUCCGUGAGUGGAAUUCUCGAGAGGCUGUGUUGUCUCUGCACGUGUACCUGGACCCUGACGCUCUGGAGAGGCUUCCGUCCAGCUCCGAGGCUUUUGUCUCCCGUUUUGGGGUAUUAGCACCAAGUUUGCUCGGGGGCAGCUGAAACCAACGUUGUAAAGCAUUUAAAUGAUCCAUUUGAGGUGAAAAGGGGGUUCGAUCAGAAAAAUAGGAGCUAGAGCCAGACACGGGCUCAAAAUGGUGACAAGCUGUCACACGGCACCCCUGAACCUAUACUCUGUCGUCACGUCACGUUGCUGCCCAUGUCAGGGUGGUGUGACCAGGAUUCAGACCAGCACAAAAGGCUUCCCCUGUCUCUUCCAGUUGCUUUUAAGGAGAAUAAAGUCAAGUGUCUAUUUCUAGAGAAGAUUUUUUUCCUACUAUGUUCAUGUGAUUUAUACCUCAUAGUAGAACCAGACUCUUCCCACAAAGUGCUGGGACUGCAUCGACUCUUCCCGUGCAUUCCCAGUGUUGAGACAGAGCGUGUGUUUUAGUUUGGGACUGUAGGACUAUUAAGAUCUGAGUAAGUCAGUGGUAGUUUUCUGUGAUACGAGCAUUGUAGAUUCCCGUGUUGUCGCUAAUCAUUCAAAUGGCAAUUUUGAGAAGUAGGCCAGAAAAUAAAAAUAAAGGCUAAUGUUUUCUAUUUUUAAAUAAACCAAAAAAGGAAACUGAAAAGAUGUGAAUUUUCUCCCAGUUAUGUGGGAAGGUAAAGCAACACCAAAUAAAAGUCCACAGCAGCUUCAUCUUUAGGUUAAUUCCGUGCAUAUAUGAAAGAGAAUAAUGUGUUAAUGAAAUACCUCAUUGCAUAUUAUGCCACUACUGGUAAAAUGCAGAAGACGGUGUUAAUGUGUUUGCUUUGGUAGUGCUUGUGAUCAGAUGCGAUUUUUUUUUUUUUUUUUGAAAUCCAGGCAUUUUAUUGUGUGCUUUACAGUGACAGUGAGUAGGUGAAAUCAAUCUCAAUUAAGAGGCAUGGAUGACAAUAGGAAGCCAAAGAGAAGCUUAAUGAUGCUUCUGUUUGAGGCCCAGCAAACACUGCUAGAUUACAGGAUGAAUUGAAAUUGUUCAUUUGAGAGAUUAGUCAGCCAUCUGGGGGAUAAGUUGCUCACUGUCAGGGAUGGCAUGCACAGUCCUAGCUAAACAGACCUUUUCCUCAUUGCUAAAGCAAGCCACAGGGAGGAGUGGCCAGUUCUCCUACCAGAAAAAAAAAAAAAAAAAGAGAGAGAGAGAGAAAUGCAUACGUGCAUACAUAGAUGCAAUUUAGAGCCACUAUCGCCAUCACUGUGCUCCAAAGGAACGUGAUACUGUUAAUAUACUGUACACAUUAAACCAACUAUUCUAUAAGAUGCUUUACUUUUCAAGCACAGAGUCAUUUCAACAGACUCUAGAGUGACAAAUACCAAUAGAUACGUGAGUUCAUUUUGAAAAUAGACCUGUGGGUUGUAAAUAGAUCCGUAGUUGAUCUGUGUAUCCCUCUUUGAUUGCUUAUCAAUGUGUUCUCUUUCUUCUGUUUGCAAAAUACGUUCAUUUGAGAGCAUCGAUAGUGCUCUCCUUACCAGUAACUGGAGUUCUCCUGCUCGCACUAGGGAAUGCGAAGAGAGAAUCAGUGUUCUUAUAUGGCAAAUCAGGGAAGCGGCAAUACGCCACUGUACAGAACUGAAUAAAAAUUCCCAGUUUGUACUUUCUGCGCAAAGUGAGGUGAAAGGUUUAGAGACUGUAUGUUUUGUUAAGGGGGAAAAAAUUAAACUGUGCCAGUUUUAUACCGGUAGCUUGUAGAAUCUCAGCACUUCUUGAUCUCAGUUGAUCUGACUAGAUUCCUGUGGCAGAGAGGGUUGAGAACUCCCUACUGGAUCCUGGUCUCAACAAGUCACAGCAGUGGAGCACCUGCUUGGCCAUGGGCCAAGAGCAGGUGCAGUGAAUACAGAAGUGACCACACUGGCAGUUCACUCUUAACUUCAGAAACCAUUAUUGGUGUUGAAAUGUACAGAUACGAUGGAGAAAGCUAUGCACCAGUGGAAGGUAAAGAAAAACUAUAGAAUGGAAAAUGAUGUUUUGGGGUGGGCAAAUAAGUUGAGAAUCUAAAUAGAUUUUUUAAAGAUAGCUCUGAGUUCAGAUCUGUCAUAAUAUUAAGUAGUUUUUAAUAUUACAAUCAACUGUUAAUUUCCCACUAUAAAGGAACUAGAGGUUACUGGAUAAUUAAUCCAAUAAUAUGUCAUAGUUAGCCAAAAAUCUAGUGUGUAUUUACGAGUUUGAGUUUUUUUCUCAUCAAACUUUUUUUUUCUUCUGGGGAUGCUUGUUAAUGAAAAAAAAAGAUUUCAGUUGUUUAUUAGUUUCUCUCAUUUAUUUGUGACUGUGUUAAUGAGUAGCGAAAAGAUUUGGGAAGACCGCUGCAAAAAGAGGGAACACAAAAGCCUAAGUAAUCCAUGGGCUAGAAAAGGAAUCCCUGAAUAAUCAGGAGUUGGCAGUAUUGCGAUUAUACUCAAGCCUUUUAUGAAAAUGAAAUGUUAAAUCACCCAAUGUAAACCUCACAUCAUCCUAGUGUUAAUAUCGUUCGCAUUGAUGUUAAGAAUGCCUCUUCAUUCUUUGCUCAUGUUAUUCACUUCUUGUGGAUUUGUCUUUAGUAAUGUUUUUGACAAUCACUUCCCUAAAGACUCUUCUGAACUAGCAGGACCUGGUUAUAAUCAUAGAAAGUAGUCUUUAAUCAUGGACAGUCUUAUUGGAUUCUUUUUAUAUUUAAGAAAAUUUUAUUUGCGCUGCUGACUAGGAAGAGUUCGUCAUUUUCUUCAUUACAAAGGACUUCACUCCAGAGUUACCAUUACGAGCAGGUCCCCUUGGGUCCAUAAAGAUGAAUAAAAAUGGUUAGUCUCAUUUUUUGCCAUGGACUGCUGUGAACCUUACGUCUGUUAAUGUGAAAGGCAAAGUCAAAAGCGGCACUGGGCAGCAGGUAUACUGGUUUAUUUUAUGAGGGGGUGGAGUCUAAUACGUUUGGGACCAAAACCACCUAAAUUGGACAUUUCUAGAUCACAAAGGGGCCGGGUGUCCUCUGGAGCGGUCACUGGUUGGUGCUUUAUUGCAAUCAUUUUGCAUUGAUCCUCAACAAUUAGGAACCGGACCCUGGGAAUAAGCUGAGGGUGCUGAACUGUUGGGGAGGGUGACUGUAGCCAUAUGGAAGAAAAAUAUUGGUUUUUCUGCAGAAUUUCCAUUUGAGGAUUUUUACAUUUAAUACUUUUUAGAACAGUUGAAAGAGUGAAAAGUUUUUAAGUGUAUUCUGGUUGCAAAGUGUGCACACAUAUUUCAAAUGGCUUUAUUUUUAUUGUGUAGAACUGUUGAACACAUGACUGAGGCACAAGUUCUUUCCACGGGAGGAGUCUGCAUUUUACAGUAACUUCUGUGGUGACUGGGUAAUGACACAGUUGUACAUUGACCUGCCAUUGUUACAUUAAGUGCUUUCAUUUUCGUCACAGUUAUUGCAAAGUCAUAUUUAUUUUAUACAGGUGGAUUUUAGUUUUCCUGAUGCCAUAUGUUUACUUCUGCUUGUUGACCUGUUUUUCUUUCUUCAUGUAUCUGCAUGUUGUAAUGUAUUAUAAGAAUGAAUGUAAAGGCUGUGGCAACUGUAAUUAAUUUUUGUAAAGGGCUGGUCACACGUGGAUCUGGGUUAUGAGUGCAUACGGGAUUAUUUUAGUAACCAGAUCACCUUUUGAGAAAUUUAGAUGUGAACACCAAAAGAAACAUUUUCUCGACAACAACAACAACAAAAAUGAAUAGCUGGUUCUAUUUUUUUUUAACCUAGAAAAAUAAAGUUGAUUUUUUUCAAGUAAAGUGCUUUUACUUCUUAGUGGUGGGGAUGGGGUGUUUGUGUGUUUCUGGAGAUGCUUUGGCAUUAACAUCUGUGGACAUGUACUUAGAGCACAUCAUGGCAGCUGGAUGCUGAGGGCAAACCGAAAAACCAAAUGAAAAACGGUGUACUUCCUUCUUUGGUUUUAACCUGUUUCCUCCACUCCUUCCCCAUUUUUCCCCAUGGUAUGGUGGAGAUACUGGUAUAUUGUUGGUAUCUUGGUAACUGUUCACCAGUCCGCUCUCCUGGAAAAAAAAAAUGAUGCAUGUAAAGUAUACAUACAUUUGCUAUAAAUUUUCCUGAUAGCAAGGACAUAUAACACAAUUAACAGAAAAUAAUAAAAUAUACUUUAUUGUCAGCUCCAUAUGGCCAAGUGAUUCUCCCAGGAUGCUUUAACUGAUUUUGCCGAACUCUUGUAGCCUACCUAUGAUUUGAAAAAUGGAAUAACAUCCUAAUUCACCUACUUCUCAAAUUGAUUGUCACUCAAUCUGAUAUGUGAUCUGUGAAACUAUUUCUUACCCUUGUACAAAUUUCACUCGUUAGGUGAACCACUUUGAGCUCCAGCACCAAUUAUAGGCUUAUAUAAUUUUAAUAACAGCUGUUUAACAACUGCUGGCAAAACACUAAAAUCUAACAAUCGGCUGUAGCGGCAGGAGCCGGCAGGAGCUGUCUGCAGCAUACCACUGGCCUGUCUUUCGGUUUAACUGUUAGUAUUGAAUAAACUCCUCACAGUUGAGCUACUCACUGCUCUAAGGAAAUUCCUAUCACUGACCCUUGCAGGGGCUUUAAAAGGUGGAGAAGCAUUAACAUCAGUCCUACAGAGCAUGCUUUUGAUUGGAAGAAUUUGACAAAUGCAAACUUUUUCCUGAAGUGCAUGGGAAGCUUGCAUUUUUCAAAAGCUGGUUCUAUGCUUUCCAGUCUCAAAGCUAAGUAGACCGAUAGAAAUCUCUCUUAGAUUUUGUUUUUAACCUUCAAAACCUUUAUUGUUCAGGUGUUUGUUUGUAGAAUAUGUUUGAUCCCACUGAAAACAAUUUAAAUGUAUUAAAAAAUAUACAAUCUACCAAAUAAGUUAAAAUGUUGCAGUUCAGUCUACCUCUUCUUCUGUUUGGAUUCAGGCUGCUGUUUUGAGUUGAGGUUGCAUUUUUUCCCCCUAGAAGUUGCUUCUGUCCAAGAUGAAGAACAAAUUGGGGGCAGAAGACUGAAAGCAGAUUUGAAGCACUCAGAGAUUGCUGACCAGCCCUAUUUCUCAUGAGUUUUGGGGGGGGGGGGGGCGGCAGAGGGGAAGAAGCCAUUGUUUUAAAUUUCCACUUAAUAUGAAAAUGUUUGUUUUUAAAAUGUUUCUUCCUGCUGGAAAAAAUGUAUUUUUAAAAGGAAAAACAUCCUCUUUUGGCUAUAAGAAAAAGUCAGCUGUAUGAGCAGGUGUGACCGUAUCAUAACAUGCUGAUAUAUAAAUCAAUAAAUUUUUACCUCUCA